AUGACAGACUCAUACGACCCAGAUGAAAUCCCUGGUUCCCCCGGGCUGAAGGCCACCCAGGUUGAUUACUCACUCAAGGAUUCGCCUCCACCCUUUGGGGAACCGCCGCCUGAGGGAGACAUUGCUAAACCUGCUGUGGACGACGUGGCACCGUUUUCGGGCAGUUCCCGUAAGCGCCUGCCGGAAUCUCCCAAGCCCAGAACACUCGAGGGCAACUCGGUGCUGAUCAGACAUCUAGAGCCUAAUCGACCUGAUAUAGCCAAUUUCGAAUAUCAACAUGGCUUCACUCAUGAGGCGGUAACUGAUGAAUCCUUUGACAAGCCUACUAGAUUAAGGUCUAAACUGGACAAUGCUUUGCUGCCAGAGCCAUGCAAACCCACGGAAACAGACAGCUUGAAAGCUGCAGCCACAGCCAAACAAGCGCUCGACCUGGUAUCUUUAGAUAUUAAGGAAGAUCCUAGGGAGAAUGCCCAGUUCGGAUUGACGCCAAACGAACCUAGUCAUUCCCCGGAGCAGUCGUCUCCUAAGCAGGAGCAACAGCACACGCCUCCCAGCAACAAUAAUAUCUCAUCACUACUAUCGGAUCCUGCGCCACGACAGGAAAGGAAGCUGUCUGACCCCGACUCCCGCUUGAGCAAACUACUUCUCGUCAACCCUUCGACAUCUCCAGGCCAGGUUCUACCAGCGCUUCACUCUUCAUCAACCGGGAAUUCUGUCGAUCAUAGCCUCCCUUCCCUCCAAACUGCAUUAGCGGCAGUCACGGAUGUACCACCAAAUCCCGCUGUGCGCAUCAGUGGCUCGUCUUCUUAUACCCUGCCUCCAGUACAAGCUUCCUCUCCAGUCUCAAGGACAGACUCUCUCUGGGAUCACCAGCGCAUGGGGCAGUUUGGCCCUCCCCCGCAGGUUCCGCCCAGCCCAUAUUCACAUCUAUCUCCUGCGAGCUCGAAGGAAAUGUCAACCAUGCCAUCUCCUGCUUCACAGUCACCGUACUGGAGGAUCAAAGAAAUACCUUACCUGACCUCCCCAUAUGAGGUGGCACCCUCCACGGUCAAGAGUCCAGCGACAAGUUAUCCGACCCCGACGGAUCAGACACCUACAGGGUCCUGCGACCGAUCGUUUAACCCCUCUGCGCAGGCUAAUGGGCCUGUACCAGUUGGGACAUAUAAAUGUCGUCAUCCUGGGUGCACGGCACCUCCUUUUCAGACUCAAUAUCUACUCAAUUCUCAUGCGAACGUUCAUUCCCAAGACCGUCCGCAUUUUUGCCCCAUAGAAGGCUGUCCUCGUGGACCAGGGGGCAAGGGCUUUAAACGGAAGAACGAGAUGAUCCGUCAUGGUCUCGUCCACAAUUCCCCCGGUUAUGUCUGCCCUUUUUGUCCAGAUCAACAGCAUAAGUACCCUCGACCGGACAAUCUUCAACGACAUGUCCGAGUCCAUCAUGUCGAUAAGAAUAAGGAUGAUCCGGCUCUCAGGCAGGUCCUGGCCCAGAGACCGGAAGGUAGCAACCGCGGUCGGCGCCGCCGCACCAACGCUCAAUGA